GCGCCGAUGACUUGUUGCUGUUAGCCCAAAAUACAACAAAUAAUUUUUUUAAAAAAACCCGAACCAAAACCAAUCAAACAAAAAAACCCCACACGAAGACCGAAGAAGAAGCGGGGGCAGAAGCCGCGGCGGGUCUCGCCGGUCCGUUAGCCAGCCCGGCCCCGCUGCCAUUUCCCUCAGCGCCCGCCGCCACCUGCGCGCCCCCGGGGGGCUGCGGCCUGCGGCGGGGAGAAGCGGGCAGAGGGAAUAAAAUGACAAGCGAGGCAGGACUUCCAUGACUUUGACAGGUUGUGGCAGGGGCGGGGAGAGGCAAGAUGAGGCGCGGAGCCCGGCGUCGCCCAGGGCCGGAGCGGCGCUCCGGGGAAGUUGGCCCGGCUUUGCUGCGCGGGGUCACUGCACUUUGACUAUGGAAGCAGAGGCUGUUGAUGGAUAUAUCACAUGUGACAAUGACUAUUCGCCCGAAAGGGAGCACUGCGGCAUGGCCAUCGACCUCACCUCCAGCACUCCCAACGGGCAGCACACCUCCCCCUGUCACAUGGCAGGCUCAAAUUCAGUAAAGCUAGAAAUGCAAAGCGAUGAGGAAUUUGACAGGAAGCCCCUGAUUCAUGAAGAUAUUAUCAGAGCUCACGAUGGAGGAAGCAGCCUGGAAGAUCCCUUCAUUGGGAGUAACGAGAUGGUGGAUAACAGAAAGAUCCAGGAGCUCUCGAGCGAGGGAGGAAUCCGGCUUCCGAAUGGUAAACUGAAAUGUGACGUCUGUGGCAUGGUUUGCAUUGGGCCCAAUGUGCUAAUGGUACAUAAAAGGAGCCACACUGGUGAACGCCCCUUCCACUGUAACCAAUGUGGAGCUUCUUUUACCCAGAAGGGGAACCUGCUGAGGCACAUCAAGUUGCACUCUGGGGAGAAACCGUUCAAAUGUCCCUUCUGUAGCUACGCCUGCCGGCGGAGGGACGCCCUGACAGGACACCUCAGGACACACUCUGUGGGGAAGCCUCACAAGUGCAACUACUGCGGCCGGAGCUACAAGCAGCGCAGUUCUCUGGAGGAGCACAAGGAACGCUGCCACAACUACCUGCAGAACGUCAGUCUGGAGGCUGCUGGGCAGGUCAUGAGUCACCAUGUACCUGCUCUGGAAGAUUGUAAGGAACAAGAGCCUGUGAUGGACAACAAUAUUUCUGUGGUGCCUUUUGAGAGACCUGCUGUUAUAGAGAAGCUGACGAGCAACAUGGGAAAGCGUAAAAGCUCCACCCCACAGAAGUUUGUGGGUGAAAAGUUCAUGAGAUUUGGCUACCCAGAUAUCCCCUUUGACAUGAACCUAAGCUACGACAAGGAGGCUGAGCUGAUGCAGUCUCACAUGAUGGACCAAGCCAUCACCAAUGCAAUCACCUACCUUGGAGCCGAGGCGCUUCACCCCCUGAUGCAGCACACACCGAGCACAAUCGCAGAGGUGGCCCCGGUCAUCAGCUCAGCCUACGCUCAGGUCUAUCAUCCCAGCAGGAUAGAGAGGCCCAUCAGCAGGGAAACGGCCGACAGCCACGAGAACAACAUGGAUGGCCCCAUCUCCCUCAUCAGACCAAAGAGUCGAAUCCAGGAUAGAGAGGGCUCCCCCAGCAAUAGCUGCCUGGAUUCCACUGACUCAGACAGCAGCCACGACGACCGCCAGUCCUACCCAGGAAACGCUGCCUUAACCCCCAAGAUAAAGCCAAACCCGGCUUACGUGAAGGAAGAGGCCAAGCCUUUGGAUGUCACCAAAGCUCCUAAGGGCUCUUUAAAGGAUAUGUACAAGGUGAUCAACGGAGAAGGGGAGCAGAUUAGGGCUUUCAAGUGCGAGCACUGUCGCGUCCUCUUCCUGGACCAUGUCAUGUACACCAUCCACAUGGGCUGCCACGGCUACCGGGACCCGCUGGAGUGCAACAUCUGCGGCUACCGCAGCCAGGACCGCUACGAGUUCUCGUCGCACAUAGUCCGGGGGGAGCACACAUUCCGCUAGGCCUUCUCAUCCAAAGGGGACUCCUAUGAAGUACCAGAACUGCACAUGAAGAAAUACUGCACUUACAAUCCCACUUUUUCCUCAGACGUUGAGACGCCUAUUUUGUUGUCGUUGCCGUUGUUGUCGUUGCCCGUUGUUUAAUUAUUAUUAUUAUUAUUAACCUUAUUUUUUGUGGACCCAACCUCAUUUGCUCUGCCCAGCUUAAGAACGGAAGGAAGGAAGGGAAUGGAUAAGGGAGGGGUUUGUCGCGGCCGUUGGUUUUUGGGGAGGGACCCGCCUUGCUCUCUGUGGGAAUUGGAAGGCAGUCUGUGUUCCAACAGGUCUCAGUCAAUUGUACACCGUGUCCUCUUUUGGGAUAUCUCCCAACCAUGCCAGGUACUUUCAAGUCCCAACAAGAUGCCCCUCAUUUGCAGUUUCAGAGGAGUAGGUAGAAAACAUUUCAGAGGAGAGCCUUUUUCUAAUGUGAAGAUACGGUGCGAGCUUUUGGUGGCUGGAGGAAAGGGAGGAAGCUUGUUCUGCAGAAUGAACAAUUAUUUUUAAAGCGAAACUGGUAGGGAGUUAGGAGCAUGAAUCAAAGUCAAUAUUCCUCUCAAAAUUACUUUCAAGGGUGAGCUGUUUUCCUGGGUUCAGUGUGUAUUGCCCCUCUAGAAUGUAAAUAAAUUUUUAAAAAAGUAAAAAAAAAAAAAAAGGAAAUGUAUGUCUUAACACUGUACCACAUUACAGCAGUUUAGUUUCAUAAGUCUGAGGGCCUUCUGUGGUAAGUUUGAGGCUUUGUGUUUUUAUUUUCCUUAACUUAUGAAGCACCUUUUUUUAGAAUUGUCGAUACUCUGUUACUCCAUGCCUACGUGUUGUCCCACUGGCUUCUUAGAGACCCUUGGGAGCCUUACUUCUUUAGUUGCACCCUAAGUUUUAAGAAAGAGCAUUUAGAAAUAACAUUUAAACUUGCUUCUAGGACAGUAAGUGGCCUAGGAGUGGGUGAGAGUCUGUAGUUUACUCAAGAGGUUCUGCUGCUCUUCUGAAAUACCUUUGGGUUAAAGUUAUGGAUUUUUAAAAUGACAAAAGUACUAGCAGCAAAGUGUUCUUUAAAUAUAGUUAUAUAUAGAUAAAUAAAUAUGUAAAUACUUUCUCAUUCUACUAUCACAGUGUUAACCUCUUGGCAACAGCCUAAACUAAGACUUGCAGCUGGGAAAGCGUCAGGAGCCAGAUCCUUGGCCAGCAUUAAUCCUCUUGGCUCCCUUGAAUUUAAAGGAGCUGCCCCAACUACUCCAGCUACAUCAGGAUCCAAACCUUGACUGUUUUUUCUUCUUGUUGACCUCUUACUUGCUAAUUUGCUGAACCGCCAAUUUCCUUUUGUUUGUACAUCAUGAAUUCUGCUUAAUUUAGGGAUGUGAGUUUUAGCAGGUUUUACCUUGGCUCCAGAAGCCCAGGUCAGUACGACCAACAGGUCACAAACGACCUGCCCUGCUUCUUCAGAAAGUAAUAGGUGAAGGUGGAGGUGCUGUGUAUUGAUUUGGACUUAAAGAUUUCAUUUUUAUUGCUAAUUUAUUGAUUUCCCUGUAGGGAAAGCAAAUGGAGAAACGUACUCCAGAGAGAGUCCUUGACCUGCAGACUGGACAAGAGAACAAGUCCACUGAGCUAUUUUGUUUCCUUUCUUUCUCUCAGUAAAUAACAAAGCCAGCAACCACCCAGCAAGUUGCAUCAGUGAAAGCUGGGCUUAAACCUAGGGGACAGAUUGCCAUUGAAACCCAACUGUUUGUACCAAUCACAAUUGAAAUGUUGUUGUUUGGCAACAAGAGCACAGCUUGAGAAUGGAAGGAUCUGGAUGGGUUUAACCCCCUCCGCACGCAUGGUCUCCGUGCGCUCGGGGAGACCUUUUCCAAAGGAUGAAGUUACUAAAGUAUAAAAGAGAGAGCAAGAUCAGGCCGUAAUGAAUUCCCAUCUGCUCCCUCCAAUCUGUGCACUUGAUGCAUAUGCCAGUUUGCUGUUCGUUUUGAGGGUACUGGUUUUUUCUUCUUCUUCUUCUCCUCUUCCUAGACCUGGAGCAUUUGAAAGUAGGAGCUGAGUGGUAUUGAUUGAAAUCUUUUUAUGGUGACAUUCUUGGCAGCUAGAACCUGUGUUUAGAAAGAAUACAGUAGAUCAUGGCCAGAUUACCUGAUGACUGCUUCCCAGCACUGCAAUGCUAUUAAGUAGGAGCUGGUAAAGUCUUGCAGUAGCCUAUUAAUUAUAAUACAAUGUGGAGAGAAAUGUCAUCUUGUGUAAUGUGAGCCCUAUCAAGGCUGGGAAUAUGCAAGGCUUUGGAGAGACAGAUUUAAAGAUCUAUUCCCAACAUUGUUCUUAACGUCGCUGGGUUCCUCCCCCUCCUUCUUUCUUCACCCUAAUGCAGAGGAAACCGGGGCAAAUGAACCAGUGCCGUCCUCCAGACCAUUCCCAUUGUCUUGUGCCUGGUGCAGUCGAAAGAGUUUGUGCAGGGCAAAAGCAGGGAGGUGCCGCAGGGCAUCGCUUUUGUUCCGUGUGGCUGGUUCUCUGCACUUAGGGAGGUGGGCUCAGGAGGCCCUGCUUUGUGUCAGGAUGUGCCUGGAAAUUCAGGAAAGAAAAAAGUGGUUGUGAUUUGCUGAAGUAGGAAAGGUCCUUUAAGAACAAGGUGGGAAGAGAAGGGUUCUUGGGGGUUGCUGGGCUUGCCUGGACCUCCAGAAAAACACAUGGCCCAAGCCAGAGAUGGAGUUUGCCGGCAAAUCCGUUCAGUCUCUGGGGGAAACGCUCCGUUCUCCCCUCUGUGGUCAGUGAAAGAACACUGGGCUGUGGUUUCUUGGAACAGUCAGCACUAGGGGGAAAGUGUUUAAAAAUUUCUGCCUUUGUUUGGGAAAGCACCGGAAUACGGGAACGGUGGAGAAUCUCUUGUGUAUCCACGGAUCAGUUGGCUGCAAUUACCCCUGCAGCUCGUUAGUGUGCACCUUGGUUCACUGACGGCUCACGGGUACCUCUGGAGGGUGUAUCCUGCAGAUGUUCAGAGGAUGCCCACUGGUUUUGGGCCUGGCUUCAGUUAAGUCCAGCUUCUUGAUCUAAGGGUGGCAGGUGAGGUCUGUAUGCCCUGGUGUAAGGGAACUGGGGAGGCACUGGGGAGUUUUCUUAGAGAAACCACAGUUUUUGGAGAGGAGGACACUUGAGGGGUCACAUUAAUUUUUUAUUAUCAAUGUCCUUUUCUAAACAUUCACUGGAGGCUUUUAUCCUACAGCUAGGAAAAGAAGAAAGAUUAAAUUCUUCUUCAAACUUUGAGCAAAAUUUUGAAUUAACAUAUACUUUAGAAUUCGAUUCCUACUGAAAAUUAUUAGAGGGCUUUAUGUAAUGCAGUUUGUCCCUUCACAAAAGUGAGCAAAAUGGGGCAGCAGAGAUUUCUUUGAGUGUUUUUUCUUGGUUGCUCUCUGCAAGAAUUGGAUUUCUAAGAAAAGCUCUUGAGUUUCGUCAAGUUCAUUAGUCAUUCAUAGUGUACUAGGAGUUUCAGUGGCUAAUCCUUGGCCUCCAGAUCCGUUUGUUCUGAGUAUUUGGUGCUGGAAAUCGACCUGGCUGAUUUUUAUUGGACUCCUUUGAAAUUCUUGGAAACGGGUUUCCAGUUAGAAACAUGCAUUUGCAAAUUUAGAAUUGGCUUCCUGUGAGCAUUCCCCAUUUUCAUUAAAAAAAAAAAAAAAAUAAAAAAAA